UGGUUUUCCAAUGGAAAGUUAAAUUAUUUUAUUAAUUGUGACACUUUUUUGUAUAAAUUUUUUAAUUAAAUUAAUCAUCUAAUGGGUGUUGACUAUGAAUUGAUUAGAUUGUGAGUGUUAAUUGUGUCGAAAGUUAAAAGAUUAACUUGAAAUAAGGAAAAUUUCAUCUGUUAUUUGACAAUUUUACUCAAGUGAAAACAAUUGACAAAGUGACCCAAUGAUUUUAAUCAUUUACUUUCUUGACUUGGUCAUUUCGUCUCCAUAUUAACAAACCAAUUGAUGGAAACUGAUUAAAUCGAUUAAAUUGUAAAAGAAAAACAAGAUUAUCUCUCUGAUAGUUUCCUUUUUCUUCUCUAAAGCUUUUCAUUUUCUUCUAUUCUCUGUCAACAUUUUCUUUUCUUUUCUUUUUUUCUAUUCUUUUCUAUUCUCUUUCCAAUAGACAAAAACCUAUGUGUUGAUGUUUUUACUUUUCUCAUUUCAUUCGUUUGCUUGAUUUUCUUUGUUCGAAUUUUUUUCCCCACUCAUCAUCAUGUCUAUUUUAUAUUGUUUAAUCAACAUCGAUGAUAUAAACUAUAAGUUAACCUUAAAUCUGAACGAUGAUCGGAUUGUUGGUAAUGAGGAUGAUCUUCGUAAAGCUUUGGCUUUGGACACUGAACCAGAUUUCAAGAAAUAUGAUUUCUCUUUGUCACAUUUUAUUUUCGAGAUUUAUGACAAAUCAAUAAGUGAAUAUGUUUCGAUUGACAGUGAAACCGAAAUUGAAAACAUGUCAAAAAUUCGGGUUAAAAUUCUGGAUCCAGAUGUAAUUUUACCUGAAGAAAUUCCCAAACCUUUGAAUGACAAUGAAUUAAGUUUCCUGGAAUUAACUGAUUUCAAAGAUGAUAUUGAACUGGUUGAAUUAUAUGCCCAAUCUCAUAUUCCUGAUGAUGAGAUAAUUAAAAUUGUUGAUAAUUCAGUUGUAACAGCUGAAAGCUUUGCAGUUUACAAUAUAAGAAUCAAGAAACAAUUGGUGAAAUCGGUCAUUAAAUAUCAGAACUAUUUUAAUACACCAGGAACUUAUCACGAUGCCAUUUGGGAGGACAUUUGUAAUGAUAUUAAAGAUAACAUGGGACCCAAGGUGAUCUCGUUGAUCAGAUUUCGAGCAAGGGAACUUGGUUUCACUAGAAUAUUUCCACAAUUUGUCCAGAAAGAAUUGGUCUCGUUAAUCGGUCAAUACAAUCGUCUACUGAGAAUGUGCCAGUGUUUAACUGCGCAAUUAGCGGAAAGAUUGUGGCCACUGUUCAGAAUUUUCCAUAAAACGCUGAGAAUCGAGUACAUUUAUCCAGAACGAGGACCCAGUCUAAGGAUAAUGCAAAAGGAAUUCGAUGAUGCCAAAAAAAUUACUGUUCUCAAUGAUUAAGUUGAUUGGUUUAGAAUUUUCAAGUUCGAGGAGAAAAAAACAAUUGACGAUCCAAUCGUCAAAUUGUUCGAUUAAAAUUGAAUGGCACUUAUUUAAAUUUCUUCAUCCAGCUGAUUGUAAAGAAAAAGAUCCAAAUUAAUAGUGGAUCAUCUCUAUUUUCAUUAAUUAUCGACUCACUUUCAACUAUUUAAACCGAAUCUCACAAUCACAUUGGACUGUAUUAUUAUUGUAAAUUAAUCAGCAAUUUUCACCUUCAUCUUCAGUUUGAAAUAAAUUUUUUCAUCUACCCAACU